UCAGCAAUCCUUGUACUCUGCCUCUAUAAAAGAGAGCAUCCAUUUUCACCGUCUUCUGUAGGUCAGCGUCACUCAUUCCCACACCCCCUAAAAAAAAAAAAUCAAUUAAAAGAAAAGGUUUAGUUAUUUUUCUUCUUCUUCUUCUUCUUCUUAUUCUUCUUCUGAUAUCUCCCUGAAUUCCUCGAACUGCAUUCAGCAUUUACUCCUUUUUUUUCUCUGAAAAAAGGUACUAAUAGUAGUGAGAAUUAAGAAUGGAGGGUUUGCCCCCUGGUUAUCGCCCCAACGUUGGUGUCUGUCUAAUCAACUCUGAUAAUCAGGUGUUUGUAGCUUCCAGAUUGAAUGUUCCAGGAGCCUGGCAGAUGCCUCAGGGGGGUAUUGAAGAUGGUGAGGAACCAAGAUCUGCAGCUAUCAGGGAAUUGCGAGAAGAAACUGGAGUGGUAUCUGCUGAAUUUAUUGCAGAGGUUCCUAAUUGGUUGACAUAUGAUUUUCCUUCUGCUGUAAAGGCCAAAGUUAAUCGACUCUGGGGAGGUGAAUGGCACGGGCAGGCACAGAAGUGGUUUCUUAUGAGGUUAACAAAAGAUGAGAGUGAGAUCAACUUAGCAAAUGGAGAGGCAGACCCAGAAUUUGCUGAGUGGAAAUGGGCAGCCCCUGAAGAAGUUGUUGAGCAGGCAGUGGACUAUAAAAGGCCGACGUAUGAAGAAGUUAUGAAGACCUUCAGGCCUUACUUCAGUGACAAUAGGCAAUAGCAAAGCCGCAAAAUGUAAAUCAACAAAAUGGUGAAUGCUAUGGUGUGUUUUAGUAGGUUUCUCUCCAUGUUUUUUUUUUUUGCUCUUGGUAGUGAUUAUAUUUGGACUCUCUUAAUCCAUCUUUGCUCUCUGUAAAUGGAUACUGCAGCUAGCACUUCAAAUUUAGAUGGUUGUUUCAUUGUAAUAAGAUCUUUGUUGUGCAAAAGAAAUACGAUGCUCUUGGUUUUUGAUUGGACCUUUUGCAUCAUCUUUUUGC